CCUUUGAUUAUAUACAACCCUAGAUUCCCCUUAGAAGAAGCCAUUGCUGCCAUACAUAAACUGGGGCAAACUGCCCCCGUUACAAAUUUCGCUCUACAGUGUCUAUUGUGUCAUCGCCGGUGCUACACAUAUUUGACAGUUGGCAUUAAUUUCGAUUUUGUCCUUUUAAAAUGCGUGUAUGUGCUUUAAACGUGUGCAGAAAUUACAAAGGUCGACUAAAAACGACACACAAGGUCACCUACCAUCUGAUACCGAAUGAUCCCAUUAUAAGAAGCAAAUGGGUAGAAAUAAUUAGAAAAAGCCGUGGAGAGGACUACUGGAAACCAGCAAAAUCCACAGUGAUCUGCUCUGAUCAUUUCCACCACAAAGAUCUAUAUUACACAAAAAAUCAGACAGGACUCCGAAGACUGAAAAAGGGAGUGUUACCGAGCAAAGCAUUAUUUGUAUUACCAGCUAAGUCUGAAGAAAGCGCUAGCUCUGGCGAAGAAGCAGAAGCAAUAAGUGAAGGAUUUAGCAAACAGCCGGUUAGUUAGGCCUACAAUUAAUUACAUUGAUAAAGUUCUGUCAUUAAUAUUAAUACAUCCUACUAAUAUUAUAAAUGCGAAAGUUUUAGCGUAUGUGUGUAUGUUUGUUACUUAUUUACGUCAAAACGGCUGAA